GAAUAAUAAUGUUUAUAUUCGUUUGAAUCAGUUAUAAUUCACAAUUCAACCACUACACACGUAAUCUAAUUUAUCAAAAUGUCUGGUCUACCGAAAACAAUGCGCGCUGUGGGACUCUAUAAGUACUUGCCGAUAGAUCACGAAGAGAGUCUGCUCGACGUGGAAGUAAGUUUACCAGUUGUGACCGACACAGAUUUAUUGAUUCAAGUCAAGGCGGCCGCAGUCAAUCCUAUAGAUGCCAAACAACGAGCUCCUAAACCAAAAGUAGAAAAUCCACCGCGCAUUCUGGGAUGGGAUGGUGCAGGAAUCGUCGUGUCCAAGGGUGAGAAAGCUAAUUUAUUUAAUAUCGGCGAUGAAGUAAUAUUCACUGCGGACUUAUCAAGAAGUGGUGCUAAUGCCGAAUACAUCGCCGUUGAUCAAUUCCUAGUGGCAAAAAAACCUAAGAACUGGACAUUUGAACAAGCCGCCUCUAUGCCGCUGGUGACGCUCACUGCCACAGAGUCAAUAUUUGAUCGCCUAGUGAUCACAGAGAAGGAUAAAGGAAAAUCAUUUUUGGUUAUCAACAGCGCUGGUGGAGUAGGAUCAGUAGCCACACAGAUCGUUAAGAAUCUAGGUCUCAUAGUAAUAGGCACUGCAUCGCGCCCAGAAACUCAGGCGUUCACGCGUCAGUUUGGAGCGGACAUAGUCCUCAACCACACCCAGGAUCUGAUACCACAGCUGGAGGCAAAUGGGUUUGGAGCUGGAGUGGACUUUAUUCUUGUUAACUUCGACCCCGCACCGUACUGGGAUACAUUGAUGAAAGCCAUCAAGCCUCAGGGUAAGAUAUGUUUAAUUGUCGACAGCAGUGCCCUCGUAGAUUUGAGGCCAUUGAAGGACAAAAGUAUUACUUUGGUGUCAGAAAUGAUGGCCACGAGGAUCAAGUAUAAAACUGAUGACAGGUUCAGGCAUUAUGAGUUGUUGAAGGAAGCGGCGCAGUGGAUGGAAGAAGGCAAGCUGAAAUGCACUCUAACGAAAACUAUGAGUCCAAUCAAUGCUGCUAAUGUUAAAGCGGCUCACAAACUUCUAGAAAAUAAGACCUUGAUUGGUAAACUAGUGUUGACUGGAUUUAAAUAAUUUUACAAUGACUUUGUACGUACCUACAGCAGUAUAUACGACUACGCAAUCAUGGCUAAAAAGCUAGACAAUUUUUUGGUGAAUUGUUAAGCAGAUUUUAUGUAAAACAACAUUGUUAAAAUUUUAGUAAGAAGACUAAGAGACGUACCUACUCAUCGAAUUCUUCAAUAAAUGUUGCGUAAUUUA